AAUAAUUACAGAGAAUUUUUGACCAAGAUUAAUCUUCAGUUUAAUGAUGCCAAAGAUACGACACUGGCCAGCGCCUUUGCAGAUAAACAGCAACACCGCAUCGCACUGGCCAGUACCCUGGCAGGCGCAGGGCACCUGAAGUCGGUGAAUCUGUCCCAUAACGCCCUGUGCUCUACGGGCUUUGAGCUCAUCCUGAAGACUCUGCCUCUCCACUUUUUCACACAACUCGAUCUGUCUGCCAUCCGCUGUGGACCCACUGACCACCCAGCUCUAGAACAUCUGAUGUCAGUCUUCCUUUCCCAGGAUGACAGCUCCCUGACCAACCUGAAUCUUGCAGGAAAUGAACUGAUAGACAGCAGCUUUUCCACCCUCGCCAGGUGUCUGCCUCUCUGUCCCUCCAUGGUGUCUGUGGACCUGUCAUGGAACCCAGCGGUGACCUCAGCGGGACUCCACAGCAUCCUCUCCACCCAGCGACCUUUGACCUAUCUCGACCUCCAAGGUUGUCAGGUAUCCGGACCCUGGGACAGCUGUAGUUUGGACGACUUGUCAGACCAGGUCCAGGACCUGUGGCUGUGCUCACAGAUGCUCAACAAACUGGACUGUGAGGCACUGCAGCAGAUCUGGGGCCAGAGGAGGCCCGGGGGCUGCUUCCUCUCCAGGGAUGCCAAGUGCCUGCUCACUACUGCCCCCUUACUGUGAGGAAGACUCCUUGAGUUUUCACACCUUUAAAGACUGGUGUCGCUUCGAUUCCAAUGUGUACACUUGAGAUGAUUUACACUCCUUGGUCCUCAUAUUUGAGGCAUCUUUUGGUGACACAGGCUGCAGAGGGAUAUCGGCACCAAUAUUUUGAAUGCAUUAUGUAGGUAUAAUUAUUACAGGGUGUGUGUGUGGGAACUCUUUCAAGACUGUUGGAAAAGUAUUCCUCAUGAAGCUGGUUGAGAGAAUGCCAAGAGUGCAAAGCUGUUAUCAAGGCAAAGAGUAGCUACCUGGAAGAACUUCAAAUAUAACAUUUGUUUAACAGUGUUUUGGUUACUACUUGAUUCUAUGUAUUUCAUAGUUUUGAUGUCUUCAGUAUUAUUCUACAAUGUAGAAAAUACUAAAAAAAUUAAGAAAAACCCUUGAAUGAGUAGCUGUGUCCAAACUUUUGACUGGUACUGUACGUGUAAAUUGAGUCUGUAUUUGUAUUUUGUAUAUGUUUUGUAAGUAUUGAAUGGGAAACACAAAUAUUAAGUGAACAUAAUCAUAAUUUUUUUACUCUAUUUGCCAUGGUGCUUUUUUCCAUGCAACCCCCCAACAGUUGCUGACUGACUGAAGAAAUGGUCAAGCUGAGAAAUUAUUAAAUUGCUUCAUUCUGUCAAGUUCCCCCUAGUCUCUUCCCACAGCUGCUGUAUCUCCAACACAACUCUGGGGGUGGAGGGUCAUGAGUCUUGCAAGUGAAACAAUUUUCACACCCAACUUGGUGUGAGUUUGUGAAGACACACAGCUUCACACUGUGGUUUCCUUGUUCUUAACCCACUGACAGACCUUCUUCUCACUGUUUAAUAUUUCCACAGAGGAGGGUGUUGGGUGAGCUUCAAGAUACUUUGGUAAAGUUCCUAGUCGCACAUCAGUGUUGUCACCUCAGUGUAUCACUAUAUCACUCAGAGAUUGGACCAAGGCAAUUAUGGUUAGGAUAACUAACUUCAUCACCUGUUAUAGUAAUUUCCAAUUUAUAAAAAGCAAUUACUAAAUGGUUUCUGUUAGUUCAACUUGUGGAUGGUGCUACUGCCAUCUUGUUAACUAUUUAAGCAUACCCAUUUGUGUAAAGGGCUGCUAACCACACUUAUGGUUGGGACAUUUUUGAAAGCAUGCACAAACCUUUUCACAGUUUGAAAGAUGUGUAUGCAUGCAUACUGAAAUACUUUGUAGAAAGUGCAGCAAGUACAUAUUAGUGGUCAGUGUCUUCCCACAGCUGCUGUGUCUUACCUAUUAGUUUGAGUGAAACCAGACUAAGACAUACAUGUGGUAAUACUCUAGUCAAGCUAGAAUCCUCUCAGAAGAAGAUAUAUAAACAUUACACCACAUAAACCUGUUUUUUUUACUUGAGUCUCCCCAAAAUUGCAACCCUUCCCAGUUUUUUUUAUUUUUAUUUUAUUUUACCAGUAGACCUGUAUUUCUUUAGGAACUCAGUCUUACUGUUGAGAGUUAGAAAAGUAGAAUACACAAGGUGUAUCUUUUGGUGACAGGCUGCAGAGGGAUCUCAGGAUCUCAUAUUAAUAUUAUGCAUUAUGUAGAUAUGUAUUUCAGUGUGUGUUUGUAGGUACAGUUAUACAGUGCAUUCAGAAAGUAUUCAGACCCCUUGACUUUUCCCAGAUUUUUACAUUACAGCCUUAUUCUAAAAUGGAUUAAGUAGUUUUUUUGUCCUCAAUCUACACACAAUACCCCAUAAUGACCAAAAAAAACUGGUUUUAGGACAUUUUUGCAUAUUUAUA